CUAUUUUUAUGACACAUAAAAACGUAUUCCUCCAGCUCCUUCCCUUCAUUUCACUCUUUUCACACUCAACUCAAAACAAAAAUCAAAACCUAAAACCUUAAACUUGGUCCCUUCCUAAUGUCUCGAGCUAAAACAAUGCGUGAGCGUGUUCCAGACGACAUCGUCGAAGACAUCCUGGGUCGACUACCAGUGAAAUCCUUAAUCCGAUUCAGGUGCGUUUCUAAGUCUUGUAAUUCAAUCAUCACUGGCACCACUUUCAUCAACAACCACUUAAAGCUCAACCUUAGCCAAUGCGAAUCAUUAAUAUCCACAAACUCCCGCAGUGGGUAUUUGCUAUAUACUACAAAGGAUAAGAAUAGUUCACCAUCUUCCAAACAAUUGUGUACGGUUGUUUGCAACAACGACCGCACUUUGACCCAGGUUUCUAGGUUUGAAAUCCCCUCUUUUUUUGACAAGUACAUGAUUGUUGGUUUCUGUAGUGGCCUGUUCUGCCUAGCUAGUCGUGAUAAAGAACUUUGUCACAUUAUUUAUUUGUGGAACCCAAGUAUUAGAAUGUUCAAGAAACUUGUAGCUACUCGCUUUAAUGGCAAGCAUAAUGAAACUGCCACUAUUGGAUUUGCUUAUGAUUCUCUGAACAACGACUUCAAGAUUCUGAGAAUUGUGUGUAAUGCGAUGUUCAAUGAAUCAGAAGCUGAAGCAGAGAUUUACACGUUUAGUUCAGAUUCGUGGAGGAAGGUUGAAAUAUCAAUGGAGUCCUUAAGAGGGUGUGCAGUGACUGAACCCAAACUUGGGACUAUUUAUUGUGUUUUGGGUCCCUUUACAUUUUAUAAUGGAGCUCUGCAUGCUUCAGCAUUUACCGUCGGCUAUUCAUUCAUUUUGUCCUUUGACAUUAGCGAUGAGAGCUUCCAUGAGAUAAUGAUGCCUCGUAAUCACUUUAAUCCAUUGACUACAAAUUUCACUAAACUUGCAGUCUACAAGGGAUUGCCGGCUAAGUUUGGUUUCGCUCAUGAUUUUGGCAAUGUGGGUAAUGGGCGUGUCUUAUGCCACGUAUGGGUUAUGGAGGAGUAUGGUGUGCCCGAGUCUUGGACUAGAAAAUUUGUGAUACCAAUGAAAUGGGUUCGGUGGGAACAUUUCUUUGGCUGCACUAACAAUGGUGAACUUCUCAUUAAGAAUGCCACUGGGCUGGUUUCAAUUGACCCUGAGAGUCAAAAUCAGAACAUUCUUGCAAUUGAAGAUGCUAAUUGGGUGGCUUUCUCAGCUAAUUCAAUGGAGAGCUUGGUUUUACUUGAUGGGGGAGGAUUGUUUAGCUGUUUGUGUCUAUGUUUGGUGAAAGUAAUUGUGGGUAACAAUGCGUAUUGAGAUAGAGAGACUGAGAGAGAGGAGGAGGAGGAGAAGAACUCCAAUGUUUGCUCCAUGGAUGACCUAGGCGGUGGCGGUGCUUUGGGCAGUGGUGGUGGCCUAGGCAGUAGCAGCAGUGGGCUGGGCAGCAGUGGCGAUGGCCACAGCAGGGCGACUUCAUAAAAAUUAAUUGGAAACUUCCUUGGUCUCGUUAGCUUCCUUUACGCUGGUGGUUUUCUUGUGGCAGCUUCUUUUUAGAGCUUUGCCUCUAGGAACUGUUCUUGCUAGCAGAAAUAUAACCACUGAUAUGACUAAGGAUUAUCUUAAUUUAGGGAUGAACACAAUUUACUUUCGUACAAUUAAGACAUAUAUUGUUUGUUGCUUUGUUUUUCAUAUGUAAUAGGUGUAAAAAUAGUAUUUCUAUCUAAAUUUUGGGCAUAAGUUUUUCUUCAUUGGAAUUAGAUGUUACUGCUACAAAGUUCAUAAAAAAACAACUUUCCAUUCAAGAAGAUCUUUUGAGGGAGCACUCUACUACGGUACUACCAGUUGAUGAUGAAGGACUAGGUUGCCAACCAUCAAUACAACCGGUAAGGUCUAACUUCCAAACUUGAUCGGUACAAAGGGUAGUGUAAUAGUUAAUACAAUAGAUAGAUGAGUCUAAAAUGCAAAGUAACUCAAUCUCUCAACCUCUGUAACUGAAAACGGAUUGAGCUUUUGCCUUUGCUCUGCAUUUGUGUCUGGUACUUCAAUGGAAUACCAUUCUAUCUGCGUUCAA